CAAAUAUACUUAGUCUCAAAUAUCAAACUAUUAUAACAGUGUAAUUUUAGUUACCUCAUCUGUUGACAUGAUGCUGGUGCAAACAUAUAUUCAUAUAUUCAUAUAUGCACAGAUGCUUUCUUUCUUUUGUUUUCUCAUUGCUGUCAUGUUUGUUGUAUUUUUGUUAUUGAGAGGAAAGUGUGCAGAACAUAUUUCCAUACGUGGACAGCAUCAGGAUGUUCAUUAACAGUAUAUCACUUCAUUCCACAAACAACAACAACAGAGCCGUGGACAGCACCAGCAAUAUUCUAUCCAUUCGGCCCAGCAGCAGGAGACACUGAACGUUUUGAAAAUGGUAGUAAAACCUCUGUAAAUGUUGCCUUCUCCACUCCAUUUGUGUUCUUUGGUCGCACAUACAACAACACAUACGUUAAUAAUAACGGACUUCUUACAUUCAACCAACCUUUACCGCAAUCUCUUCCUUACUACAUUCCCAAAUAUGCAACUGAAUAUUUCAUUGCUCCGCUCUGGACUGAGCUGGUCAGCUUUGGGAUGGGCAAAUACUGGUAUCAGCAGUACACUAAUGGAAGUGUGCUCACUCGCGCCACUCAGGACAUAAACCGGUAUUUCCCUCAGAGGGGUUUCACUGCUUCUUGGGUCUUUGUUGCAACAUGGGACUAUGUUCAGUCCGGGGACAUUAAUGUAUUUAAUCUUCACUCAGCACCGGCAAUCACGUUUCAAGUGGUUUUAAUUUCAGGAGGUGGUUUUUCUUUCAUUCUGAUGAAUUAUGGUGACUGUGCUGAGAUAUCUUCUCCAGUAGAGGCUGGAUUUGACACCAUAAACUCCACUGACUACUAUCUAAUUCAUUAUGCAUCUAAUGGCAGCUACAUCCCAAACCUCAAGAACACGACUAACGUAAAUGUCACGGGCCGUUGGGCCUUUCUUGUGAACAGAGGAUCAGCACCAGAAAUAUUCUACCCAUUCGGCUUAUCAGGAGACACGAGAAACGCUGCUGUUGAUGAUGGAAGCUCCUCAGUUAUUCCACUGUUGAGUCCAUUUCUGUUCUUUGGUCGCAGAUACCAGCAGAUUUAUGUGAAUAAUAAUGGACACCUCACAUUCAACCAGUCUUCAUCACAGUUUGUUCCCUUCUCCUUUCCUGCUUAUGAAGGCCAAGAUAUAAUUGCUGGUCUCUGGACCAACCUUGACAACCGUGCAAGAGGUGUGGUUUCAUAUCAUCAGUACACUAAUGGAAGUGUUCUCACAUGCGCCACUCUGGAUAUAAACAAUCAUUUCCCAAAUCUGACCUUCAACGCUUCCUGGGUCUUUGUUGCAACGUGGGAUAAAGUCGCUUACUUUCCCAAUACCAGCACAGAAACAUCGUUUCAAGUGGUUUUAAUUUCAGGCAGUAAUUUUUCAUUUAUUCUGAUGAAUUAUGGUGAUAUUGCUGUAACAGGACAUCCGGUGGAGGCUGGUUAUGACACAGUAAACUCCUUUGACUACUUUGUGAUUCCUGGAUCAAUUAACGGGAGCUUCAUCUCAAACCUCAAGAACUCCAGUAAUGUCAAUGUUCCCGGUCGAUGGGCCUUCAGGGUGGACAGUGGACACAGCACCUCUAAAAAAUACGUCAUUGGACUUCGAGUGAGAAUUUCCUCAGUUUUUGAUCUAACACAGUAUGAAAACAUUGCGAUUCUACAGCAAAUAAAACAGGAGCUGGUCAAGUACGGUCUGCCAAGAAACAUAGAGCUGAAGUUAAGAAAAGUGCAAAAGAUAACGCCAUAAAUUCAGUGUCCUUCAGGAAAAGAAAGAAAACAGUCCCGUUCACUUAGCAUCUGACAGAAAAUAUCCCAUUCCCAUUGAUCAUGUGAAGAAUUAAAAGACCUCAGUUUUACAUUAUGUGGUUUCAUUUAAAGGUGUAAAAUUUGUGAGGAUCUAUUGACAGAAAUGCAAAUAAUAUACAUAACUAUGUUUUCAGUGGUACAUAAAGACCUUACAUAAUGAGCCGUUAUGUUUUUAUUACCUUUAGAAUGAGUCAUUUCUAUCUCAUACACCGCGGGUGCACUCUCCAUGUUAAGUCGCCAUUAUGCGCCGGCAUGUUUCUACAGCAGCCCUAAACGGACAAACGAUCUACAGAGCGUAUUUCAUCACUAUGUUGUUGUUCUAAAUUGUUCAGGGCUCUCAAGUGUCACGCAUUGAGCGUGACAGUCACUCAUUUCGGUCUUUUGUCACGCACUCCCGCCACACAUUGUAUUUCUCACGCAGAAAAACUAUUUAUCAUAUAUUUAAUAUGCCGCAGCGCCCAAAAUGUAUCUGGCCGCGCCGCUCUCUCUAUGGAACCGGGCAGGAAUCAAGCGCGUCUCGAACCUGCCGCUUAUCAGCCAAUCAAAAAAAAAGAAAGAGGCUACACAAUAGCCAAUCAGAAAAUAGCACUAUUGUAUCUGGGUAAGAUUUAACGCAACAACCAAUGAAAAAAAAGCAUAUCCUGGAAUUGUUCACCAUCAUCCUCGUUCACCCACAGAGGAAACCACUGGAGCAUCACUUUGAGCACAGAGUAAGUCAUGAUCUCCUGUUUUAUUGUUACAACAAAUUCACAACGUGUUUGACACAAACAAUGACAACUUGACUGCUGUUAGAUAAUCAGAUAAUCAGCUUCAGUUUUUCAUGAGUGUGAACUUAGACAACAGUUUUACAGCCUGUUCACUGAAACUUGCUCAGAACAAAUAGUCUAGCCCUAGUUAUAUUUUGCUAUCACACGAUAACUGACAUUUUGUUACAUUAAACAUCUCUCUCUCCAAAUAGUUUUAAUAAUUUUAUUAGCACUAAAUAAAUUAAAGUGUAUUGCAUCGGCGAUGUUAUAGGUCACUUUUAAAAUCAUGUCACAUUUUAUAUCCUGGCCAUGGAUCAGUGUUUCCCAUACAUUGACUAGACUGUGGCGGCCCGCCACAUUCUAAUUGGUCCUGCCACAGUCUCAAAAUAUGAAUAAGGAUAUGACGCGAUCUUUAAAUUACCGUCUGAUAAUUGCGCUCCUUUAUAUGGCAAAAGUGGGAGUCAUAGAGCAAAAUAAGUAGACUAGCACCAAUUAAGUUUUCGUGCACUAUAUUCAAAGUCAUCUGAAGCCAUUCCAUAGCUUUUUUUUUACUUCCAAGAAUUAGGCUAGAAUACUUUUUGCUGCUGAAUUAUAUACUCACCUAGUUUACUUAUUUAUUUAUUGGUCAGCUUAUGAUUAUAUAUUUUUAUUCAUUUUUUAUUUUUAUCUAUAAUGAAGUGGUGUGUUUAGUGCAUUCUGGAUUGGUUAACAAAUCAUGCCCCCGGACCGCCUUAGACGAACCGAUGUCCACCCACUACAGUCUCACAAAAUCCUGUGGGAAACACUGUGGAUGCAUUAAUCAUUGCAUCUAUCUUUCAAAGGUGUCAGGUAAGGCAACUAAUAAGCAUCAUCUCAUUCACCCUGAGGCCAGGUGUCACUCUUGCCUGUCUCCAAAACUUGAGAGCCCUGAAAUUGUUGGUGUUUUUAGAGGCAGCUUGCAUUAUCACUACGUUGAAUACACACAAAUUAGCAGUAGUAGUAGUAGUAGUCAUCUGGUUUAUUAGAAGCAGAGACCGUUCUUUGUUAGAAGUAAGAAGAAACCUCAUUGCUUAAAGCUACUCUCUGCUCUCUCAGACGACAACAUAGCUUCUCCGAAAGGGAGGGGUGUGCGCCAUUAGUUGCAGUUCACAACCUCACCACUAGAUGCCACUAAAAUUUACACACUGCACCUUUUAUUUGUAUUAAAACGGGCACAAAACAGCACAAAAGUUGUAUAAAAGAGAUACUUAAGACUUUUUUCCCAUGUCGACAAAUUUUUAAAGUUUAUCAAAUUUUAAAAUAAGUUCCUUAAAUUUUCUGCAUAGGUUUCUUUGCAUGUUUAUGAGAUUUCUUCAGUGUGACCAAUAUGUGUUUUUUUUUUUUUUGUUUGUUUGUUUGUUUUUUUAAAAGAGUAUUUUAAACGAAACAGAACUGGUCUGAAUGAUUCAUUAACGAAUCAGACUGAUAGGAUCCACAAGUUCAGUUCAAUGAUCCGGUCUCUGGAGAGGAAAGAUUAUCAGUGAAUAAGAAGGACAUACAUUUCUGUCUUUUUUUUUUCUCACGCAAAGUUAUCGUAUGAAUUUAGAGGAUUUUAAAUGUAGUUGUAUGGAUAACAUCAUACAUGUAAUGGUGUUUUUGCAUCCAUUUUAAUAUUUGAAAGUGUGAUCAAUACAGUUAUUCAAAUUUUCUCCUUUUACAUUCCCACUUUACUUUUAAUCAAAAUGUAUGAAUUUGUAAAAUAAAACCAUUGAACUAUUUCUUUAAUGUCUGCUGCUUUUUUGCCCCAUCAUGGUGUGUGUCAAAGGCUGUUAUC